UACAUGUCACUGCCAAUUAUUAAUUUUACACCUCCCGCAGGCUGCAGCAGCUAGCCGAAGCAAUCCACUUCUCAACAUACGCCAGCUACCACCAAACGGUAGCCGGCUAGCCGCCAACAAAAUUUGUCCCCUGUCGGUAUACCACCAUGUCGUCAACAACCACGCCGGCGUCCGCUGUCCCAGCCUCCGAACUGGUGCCGGCGCACGUCGUGGAGGACUUGCAGGGCAUCGUCCAGCUCCUCAGCGACGGCACCGUCAAACGCGUCCAGAUGCCGCUCGUCCUCCCCGGCGACGCGUCCGAGCCCUCGCCCGACGCGCCAGCACCGGUCCGAUGGAAGGACGUCGUCUACGAAGAGACCCACAACCUCAGCCUCCGCGUGUUCGUGCCGCCCGCCGGCGCCGAGAAGCUCCCCGUGCUCGUCUACUUCCACGGCGGCGGCUUCGUCAUCAACAGCUUCGCCUCGCCCGAGUUCCACGCCGCCUGCCUCCGUCUCGCCGCCGAGCUGCCCGCUGUCGUGCUCUCCGCCGACUACUGCCUCGCCCCGGAGCACCGCCUCCCCGCGGCGCAUGACGACGCCGAGACCCUCUUCUCCUGGCUGCGCGCCCAGGCCGCGGCGACCACCGACCCGUGGCUCGCCGAGUCGGCGGACUUCGGCCGCGUGUUCGUGUCCGGCGACUCGGCCGGCGGGAACAUCGCGCACCACAUGACAGUGCGCAUCGGGUCGGGUGCCCUCGCCACCGGCGCGGCGCGCGUCGCCGGGUGCAUCCUGCUGUACCCGUUCUUCGGCGGCGAGCAGAGGACGGCGUCGGAGGCGGCCUGCCCGGACGACGUUUACCUAACUCUGACCGUGUCCGACCAGAUGUGGCGCCUCGCGCUGCCGGCGGGGGCGAGCAGGGACUGUUAG